GCCCGUCACCGAAGCAGGACCAUAGAUCCGGAACAGGCUUGGGGAUGCUCGUCGGUGUCUUUGCAGGUCGCACCGCUUCGGUGCGUGCCGCGACGGGGCUGUCGUCAUCACUAGCAGCUCGAGGAAGCCAGUGUCAGGGACUGUCCUCUUUCCUCCGGCCCUUUUCCUCCUCGUCCAUUCUUCUCGAGGAGCCGCGAAAAGUGCGAGGGUCACCGACAAAUCAGCACUUCUUCUCGCCUUCCUUGUCGAGACCUUUGCUCUUCUUCGAGUCGACACGCCCCUCUCACAUCCUCCAAAUCGUCCGCGCGCAGUCGACAGAUGCAAAGGCGGCGGCAGGCGUCAAGGAGGAGCCAAGCAAAGGCGUUUCAGGGCUUCUUGUGAGGCUGCGCGACCAGCUCCUCGCACAGGCAUCGAAAUCGGCGUCAAAGGGGGCGGCAGAGGGUGCCACGCCACCACCGACAUUCCCGGAUGUGCGAAGACUCAUCGAGCUGGCCUCAACGCAGCGGCGGACGAUCCUCCUCGCCUUGGUGUUCCUCGUCAUUAGCGCCAGCAUUGCCUUGACGGUGCCACUAGCUAUUGGCAAGGUCAUUGAUUUCUUCACCCAGGCUUUUGAGGCGAAGAAAGAAGGCAGCGACAGCGGUCCGAAGCUCUACGGUCUCAGCCUCGGUACGGUGGCCAUCCUGCUCGUCGCCAUCUUUGCAACGGGAGCGUUCUGCAAGGCGGGAAGCAACAUCAUGCUGGAAUUGGCCGGCGUGCGUGUGAUUCAGCGGAUGCGGGAGGCAAGCUACAGUAGUGCGCUGAGGCAAGAGGUGGAGUGGGCCGACAGGGGAGCGGGCGAUGUCGUGAGCAGGCUCAGUGUCGAUACAAACAUCGUCGGCGAGGCAAUCACCUCGGACAUUGGCGAUGGUCUUCGCGCAGGCGUCACGGUUCUCUUUGCUGGCUCGGCCAUGUUCUACAUCUCUUCGCAGCUCACGCUCCUCAUGAUGGCCGUCGUGCCACCGGCUGCCAUUGGUGCUGUCUUCUACGGACGCUACCUCCGAGACCUCACCCAUCGGACGCAGGACGCCGUCGGUGCCAUGACAAAGACGGCCGAAGAGCGCCUCAGCCCACCGGCCUUUCGUACUAUUGCGGCACACAACACGCAAAAGGAAGAGAGCGAACGCUUCAAGGGAAAAGUGCAGUCAAUUGUCGACCUACAGACGAAGGAAGCCUACGCCACCGGCUUCUUCUAUGCAGGCACUGGUUUCGUGGGCAACUGUGCCAUCCUCACCCUCCUCACCUACGGUGGCUCUCUCGUUGCCAAGGGUACCAUUACUGUCGGUGACCUGACCUCGCUUCUCAUGUACACGGCCUAUCUGGGAGGUGGUCUUGCGAACCUGACGUCGUUCUUUGCAUCGAUCAUGCGGGGCAUCGGUGCGGGCGCACGUGUCUUCCAGCUCAUGGACCGUGAGCCAGAGGCCAUCCGACUGGGUCACGGCAUUGCUCCUCCCUCUUCCCAAGGCAACAUCGACUUCACCAGUGUCAAAUUUGCCUACCCCUCUCGCCCCUCCCAGCGAAUCCUUGACGGUGUCGACAUCCACCUCAAGCCCGGCGAGAGCGUGGCCCUGGUGGGAGGAAGUGGUGUGGGCAAGUCGAGCGUGCAUGCCCUCAUGCUGCGCUUCUACGAUCCAGACGCCGGCAGCGUGACGCUCGGUGGCCAUGACAUUCGCGAAUUCAAGCCCGAGGCGCUUCGAUCGAUGAUCGGCGUCGUCACGCAGGACCCGACCCUGUUCGACGGCACCAUUGCCGAGAAUAUCGCCUAUGGCUACCCGCAGGCGACUCGGGAGGAGAUCGAGGAGGCGGCCCGCCAGGCCAAUUGCCUCGACUUUGUCAGACAGCUGCCAAACGGACUCGAUACCAACAUUGGUGCGAGGCAACUCAGUGGUGGUCAGCGACAGCGUGUGGCCAUUGCUCGUGCACUUGUGAGGAAGCCGAGCCUGCUGCUGCUCGACGAGGCGACGAGCGCACUUGACAGCGCUUCGGAGUUCCUCGUCAACCAGGCCAUCGAGCGCAUCAUCCAGGAGGGCAAGAUUACCGUCUGGAUCGUCGCCCAUCGGUUGAGCACGAUCAAGUCUGCCGGCAAGAUUCUUGUUCUGGACAAGGGCCGCAUCGUCGAAUCGGGUCCGUUUGACGAACUCGAUAGGCCGGGAAGCCGGUUCAGGACGCUAAUGGCUGCUCAGCUCGAGGCAAGUGCGCCGAUGGCCGUCGAGACCGAGCAACCGGCAGAGGUCGAACCUGACGUUGAAGUGGUGAGGAACGACCGCAACGAGAGCUCGGUGCGUCAAUGAUUUUCGAGGCCUGGGACUCGCAGCUUCAGCACGUCUGCUACGAGAAGAGGCCGGGAGGAGAGAGAGGGCGCACUGUCGGUCGAGGACACGGAGCUGGGAAUGCCCAAAGA